GCAUACAUUAAACUUAAUAGUGAUAGUGAUAUGGUUACAGAAAAGACUCGAGUUAUUAUGUGUAUAAAAAGUCUUUAAAAUUGUAAUCCGGGAAACUUUUUUAAAAAUAUUUAAAUAAGUUAAUGCUAUUUAUCAAUUCCGACAAGGCGCGGAUCAUUUCUGAAACAUUCCAAGGACUAAAUCGAUAAAUAGUAUUUUUGUCAUUGACUGGCUGUUUCUUAAUAUAAUUAUAAGCAUAGCCUUGAAUCCAAUCAACCGUAUCGUGUGAAAAUAUGGUAUAAUCAAUCAGUAAAUAACAGUGAGGAAUACUGUCAUAAAUUAUUUUUUUCAAUAACAAUUGCCAAAAGGCACAUAUUACUAUUAUUUAUAAUAGUUAAAUCGAUCCGGGGGACAGACGUACAAUAAUUGCUUGUCUCUGCCGCAUUCACUUGUCUAAAUUUACACUCUUCAUCAGUUUCGCUUCACACGCACACGACGAUGGCUGACUUCGGAUUUUAUGCUUUCGUUUUUCUUAUAAUUCAACUCAUUUUAUUGGAGGUAUCAGAAAGUUGUAUAACUAAAAAUGAUUCAAUUAAUAUCAAUCCCGAGGAAAUGGUAGCUAGGUCUAAAUAUGUGUUAUAUGGAGAGGUAGUUAAAAAAAUAACACCGGACCCAAGGACACCAAACAUUGGUACUUCAUAUGGAGUGGAAUUUAUGAUUAAAUGUAUUUACAAAGGAAACCCAAACACAGAUGAGAAGUUAAAAAAUAAAGAAACUGUAAUUAUUGCCGGCGCAGGUAUCGUGAGACCAAACUGUUAUUCAUUUGAAGUAAAACCAAAAGAAGAUGUCACCAAUUAUGUUGUUUUUCUCCAAGAUGAUGGAAACCAUUUAGUGCCAUCGUAUGGUGCACCUGAUAAUAUCGCAUACCAAGAUCUUUAUGAAUUGAUUCUUGUUUGUGAUCUGGAUCCUGUUGGACCAAGUGGUGGAGCACUAAAAGAUGAUUGUCCUAGAAGUGAACCACCAGAUUGUGUAAGAUACAAAUUCCCAACUACCCCUAAGCCUGUAACAGUUGAAGUGGAAAAACCACAGCUACUAACUACACCAGCACCGGAACCAGAACCCAAACCUAAACCAGAACCAAAAGAGCCUGUUAAAGGGGACACAAAAGGCCAAGAGACAAACGAUGGAGGUGGAGGAAAAAAUGGCACAGCUGCUAUCCCUAAACUUACAGUUUUUAGUAUAUUUCUAGGUUUACUAAGUGCUUUAUAUGUGUCUUAAACUGGACAUUCCAUAUGGUCUGAAGGCUUAAUCAAAUAAUAAUCAAAUAAUUUAUUUAAAUUUUUGUAAGGCUGGUUGUACCAGCUGUAAAUAUUCUGAAACGACUCUCUAGAUAGUGUAUGACCUAAUAUGCAAAAGAAUGCAGAUGUCAUGUUUCAUUUCUUCAACGACAUUUUUCUGGAAAAUAUUGAUUCUGAUAUAUGGGAUUAAUUUUAUGCAACAUGUUGAACAAAUAUAUAAAUUAGAGUAUGAAAAUAAUGCAAAACAAAAGUAUGGGUCAUGGAAGAGCUUGCAUGGAAACAGGAAUCAGAAAUGUUCAAAUCUACAAGUAAUGAUAGCCUUAUUGUCUGGAAACCAUGGAUUGUGACUCAGUUUGAGAUUCUUUAGAAAAUUUCACAAGUCACCUGCUGACGUCAUUUGAGUGUCCUAUUUGUUGUGAAAGAACACAAUUUUAAAAUAUUUUUUAUUUUUGAAAUUCUGUUUGUGAAUUUAAAUUUUAGCCACCAUUAUUUGAUAUAUGAUGUAAAAAAAAAAACACACGUCUGGGCUCUCAGUCAUAACACUUUACUCAAUACUCAGAGUACAAAAAUUUGUGCUCGAAACACCAAAUCCAGUGUUUUGAUUGGUUGAUUUCUGAGUCUGUGUAUGAUAAUCGUGCUUGAAAGUUUUAUGACCGUAAGCCCUGAUGUUAGACCAAUAGUUGUUUGUGUUUUGAUCAAUUUGAAUCUAAGAUUAUUGAAAAAUAGUAAAAGAGAUUCUGUUUAAAAAAAAGUAAACCUCCCGUCAAGUUUGUAUCUAAAGGGAAAAUGACCCUCCAUUAGAACAUACAAAGGACAUCAAAUCCAAUUGAUGUGGCUUAAAAGUAUGAGUUGAUGCAUUCCGUAGAGCUUCCAUUAUAGGUAGUUCUGUAGGAAAAGAUGUAAAUUUAUUAUAUAUUUUAUCUGAAUUAAUACUUAUAUCAAUUCCCUAAUAAAAAAAGUUCGUUUUUGGAAUCACACAAUUUCUACGAACAAUCCAAUCGAAACAUGUGAUAGACACCUGUAGUUUAUAGAUACUAUAGUAUAUAAAUUACCCUAGAGCCACUGCUGCAGAUUGUGAAUAAAUUGAAGUAUUUUCCAUUUUUGAAAUUUUCAUAUUGCAUAAUCUACAAUUUAUUUCACAAAUUACUCGCUUAAAGAUAAAAGUGGGAGUGAAUAUUUUGUCUAUAUGAAGCAUUCUAUGAAUGUGAAUUAGUUUAUUUUUCAUCUUUUUUUAAUUUAUAUUGCUAGAUUAAAACAUCAUUAAGCAUAACUUUUAAACAGCAAACUGUUGCAAGAAUGUUAUAUUACAAACAUAGGUUAGACAAGAGUAGAAAGUGCUUAUUACAAGUGUUAGAUUUUUACAUUGAUAUAUUUGUUGUAAAAAGGUUGUUUUAAUCAUUUUAAUGAGAUAUGAAACAAGUUUUUAUGACUGUUGAGUGAAUCAACCUUUAUCUUUACCACUUUUAUGAUUGAAAUUGAUCAACUCAAUUAUUAAAUUUGAAUUUAAGCAAAAUAUUUAGGAGUAUGAUUUAGUAUUCUCCUUGUUUUGGUAACUUCGACUGCAAUAUUUAAAAAAAAAUAUCUACCUCAGUUUGGAGAAAGAUUGCAGUGAAAAUUGAUACCUAGUGUAUCUUAAUGAAACUGAAAAUCUAACCAAUUUUCUUAGUAUCCUUGAUAUAAGUAUAAUAUACUCUUAACGUUUAUAAUAAUCAAGACUUUACAGUGACAAUGUGCCAAUAUUCGUUGUCUAACAUACUUAUACAUGUACAUCUUAUAUAUGCGCAGCUAUAUGACUCUGUUGUUCAAGGGUAUGCAAUAUUUAAUUACAUUAAUACUCUUAUUUACUAAUAUUUGCAGCAAAGAUUGUUUCUUGAUGUAAAACAUCCAUUUUGUUUAUUUAUGACCUUCAGGUACUUAGUAUUUUUGCUUCUAUUGGCUCAUUUUAAUAGUAUGAUACAUAACCAACUUCUGUGGUAAUAAGUGUAUUUAUGUAUACUUAAAAUAUGUAACUAUUAUUUGUAUGUGUUCCAGACGAUUUUAUUUUGGUUACUGGUAAUUAGAUUUACCCAUCCUACAUAAUGAUGAGUAGAUGAAUACCGGUAAUUAUAAGAUGUUUUUAGCAUGAUUAGUCUUCCAACACAUUUGUUUAUAGAAAUAUAAAAAUAGCAGUGGUAGAUUCAGGAUUUCAAGUUAGAGGAAGUAAAACACUAUAUUCUAAGAAUACUGUCAACAGUGUAAGUGAGGUGUGAAUUUUGCUAAAAAAUUAUACCCCUCCUCCUUUUUUUAAUCUAAAAAUCUUAGGUUUAAAAUAUUUUUAUGCAAAAUUUAAGGAGAUGACUUUGGGGGUUGGUUAACUCUGAAAGAAUUGAUAUUAUUCACUUAGUUCUUGCAUGCUGAUAGCUUAUAUGACUGUUUUUCAUUUUUAUCAUUUAUGAUUCCCUUUUCAUUUGCAUUCCAUGAUAACUUUUUUUUUUGUAAAUAAUUAGUUUAUAAUGGCACACUCAGGAUUACUGGUAUACAAAUUGCUUUGCUUACAGUUAAAUUUAUGAGUUUAAUUGGUCCUCUGUGAAUCCCAAUUAAACACUUGAAUUGGUUACAAUAGAAUGAGAAGUAAAAUGGAGCAGGCAGUAUUGCCCAUUUUUUUUAUGCAUUUACACACAUACAAAUAAGAUCAGUGGUAGAAAAAAAACGAACUGUUCAAUCAUAAGUUUUAGGAUACUGAUUUCGACAAAGAAAACAAAUUCUUUAUGAAACAAACAAACAUUACUUGUGGCUGUAUCUACUUAUAGGGUGCUUAUAAAUGUGGUCAUUGUACAAGCACCAAUAUCUAAGUAUUGUUCUAAAAAGUAAAUUCUGUUUUACCUCAAGCAUUCCAUCAAAUUUAAGUAAACAAAAAUUGGCACUGAGACAUAUAAUUCAUAAGUUUAACACUGAAAGCAAGAAAGAGAAAAUUCUCUAAUUGAAUUGUUUAUUUUAGACUAGCACUUGUACCCAAUAAUCAAUAAUAUAAUUUUUUAGUAUUAUUUUAGAAUAAAUAGCUGUUUAAAACUGCAGUGUGUUUAAAUCUAGUGAAAACUCAUUCGGAAUUUCUUCAUUAAUGGUCUUGUGUACAUAUAAGAAUGUAAAAUUGAAUUUUCAUUAUGAAUGAUUGUAUCAGGUACGUGUAUAUUACCGGUACAAUGUAUUUGUAAUCAUUCUUUAUUAGUGUGAUCCAAGAGAGACAACCCAAAAUAAAAAUAUAGUAAAUUUUAUAAUGUUUUACAAUUUCUGUUGCAGUAUUUAUUUAUAAGCUUAACCUGGGACAUAAUUAUAAUAGUCCCAGGCUUAAUUGAAAAAAAAAUGUCAAUAAAUACUUGCUAUUUUAACUUUCAGAUUCUCUUUUUCUUAAUGAACAGUUUUGAUUUAUUAUGUUUUCUCUGCCUUAGAUGUUUUUUCAGCUAAUUUUUUCAUCAUCUUUUUAUCUUAAUUCAUAUUUAUUCUAUUGACAAAUUUUAAUAUUAUAAGUUAUCAUUCAUCUUAUCAGUAACCUAGGAGAAAUAAAUCCCAGAUUAAAGUAUUUAAAUGUUUGUAUAUUAGUUUAGAAAUAUAUCUCCUAACAUAACCCAGUUUAUUGUGGCAUGACAUGUAUGGGACUUUCAACAUUUUAGAAAUGGAAAAGAAGAAAAUAAAUACUUCAAUUCUGGUCCUUGCCCUCUUUUUGAAUUAAAAUGUGUUUAUGAAUAUUGUGUGUGCCAUCCUUCGUACAUAGUCAUGUUUUUUUUUAAUCAGUGGAGUCACAGUGGGGCUUAUGUCCUUCUGACUCUUUGUGGUUGUUUGAACAUUAUUUAACCCACCUGACGUGUAUAGUCCUUUUACUACAGUGAAUAUAGUACAAAAUGUAUAUAUUAGGUGGAUUAAGGAAGGUCUAUUCCAAAACCCUUGGGUUGAUUUUUUUAACAACUAAAAACCUUCAAUGUAUAGUUCGGGAUAUUUCAGUGUGGAUUUAAAAUUUGAUUAAAAAGAAAACAAUUUAGGAAAAAAUUCUUAUACAGUAGUCGUUGAAAUAAAUUUCAUGAAAAUACAUGGAUACAUCUACAUUAUCUGUAAAUAGAGAAACAUGUUAUAAUGUAGGUGGACACAGUGUAUGAUCCUUUGACAACAAUGACGUUAGGAGAAUAUUUAGAUAUAGUGCCUUCUAUGUUGUAUAGUUUUGUUGUAAUAUUUAACUGAUAUAAAUCCAGGGUACACUUGUAUUAAAAUGUGUCAAAUAUGUGUGUACACUGCCAAUCAUCUGUUUGUAAGAUGCAUCAUAGUGCUCUGCUUUGAAUGUGUGUGGAAACUUUGUCUAAUUUCUCCAUGCCAAAAAGAGAUUGACAUUUAUGAUAUAUGCAUAUAUGGUUUCACCAAUUUUAAUUUGAUGUGCAAUGUAUAUGAAAAGAAAUAUUUUUAAAUGAUCAAGAUAACACUUUUUUAUUCAUACGAAAAAAUCUGUUUUAUAAAAGAUAAGUAGGUAUUAUAAUGUUAAUACAGAAAAAUCAUUUUUAAAUGGAAAAAUACCCAAUAUUUUUAUUUAGGAGUUCGAAUUCAUAAUUAACUUUUAUCUAUAAAAUAUUUUUUUUAAUGGACUUAAAAAACUUGACGAUAGGUCUGCUUGAAUCUUCAUGUAGUAUUACUUGAAAAGGUCCAAACUUCUGGAUGAGUUUAUGGAUAAGAAUUCAGUAAUGUCUAUCUUUGUAUAGAAUUUCAAGUAUACAAGAACCAAAAUGUCAAAGAUUUGUUUACAAAUUGAUUGUGAGGACUUGAUAUUAAAAUGAAAGUCCAAAUAAUAUUCAGAUCAAGUUUCAUUUAAUAACACCGUUUAUUCAAAAGAUGAAAACACUUUGAAUUUGAGAACAAAAAAUCAUAUUGUAAAAAGACAUCUUAAACAGUUUACUGGGAUUAAGUCAGCUAGCCUCUUUAGUAAGCUAAAUGCAUGCAUAAGAUCAAUCAGAUCUAUUAUUUCAAAUUCAAAACUUUUUAGAAACUUUUUAAUAAAUAUACUUUUUUAUGUAGCAGAUUUAUGUUUAUUCAUACAUUUAAAGAAGAAGGAAGUAAACUGAAAUGUAUACCCAGCAAUGAUCAUAUUAAUGUUUAUUUUUAAACAUUUCUGUGUUUCUCAUAUAUUCAGAACAUUAAUUUAAACUGCUUGAUAUUUUUUACAAUGAUGACAUUGUUAAUAAUAAAGUAAGUUGUGCUCCAUGAAGGAAUCUGAUAUUGAUGAUAAGAAGAAACGUGGAUAUUUUAUAACCAUGGUUUCUCUAAAAGAAACUUUCUUUUGAUAUGCAAUUAAACAAACAUGAUUUAUAUUUAUUUAAUGUAUGUAUUUAAAAUUUCAAGCAUUACAAGUAUGCACACAAAGAGUAUUUUUUAGAGAUGUUUCACUUUCUGUGAUAUUCUUAACAGGUGUGUCAUAAAAAAAAAAGGUUUAUGAAAAAAAGGCUACACAAAAGGGUUUAUUUUAAAUCUCCUUAUAUUGUAUUUUGGAUAUAAUGAAAUAAAAUAUGGGGCUAUUUUUGUAAGAUUUGAACAAAUAGUUAAAUUUGGUCCUUUUUUCAGUUUUUUCAUGUAUAUAAACAGGGUAAAACAUUUCAAUCAUACAGAGUCUGUUGCACUAUUGUACAAAAUAAUCAAGAUAAUACAAAAGGGGCACUUUUGGAAUCCUUUAUUUUCUAUUAAAGUUUUUGCCCAAAUUAUACAGCCCCUUAUUAUGAUCCUGUACUUAUAAGAACAUUGAAAUAUUACCUUAUUUGAAACUCAUUUGUACAAAGUUGCUUAUAUUAGAUUUUAAUAUCUGAAAUCAAUUGAAUAACAGCUGGGAUUUUUGUCUAACAUCUGUUGCUGUCUGUCUGAUUUUCAUAUAGACCAGUACAAACAUACUGAAAUCUAAUAAUCAUAAUCAAUUCUAAAAUUAAUAUGUUUGAAAAAACUUUACAAAUAGAAAUUAGAGCUGUUACAUAAUAUAGCAAGCAACUGUGCAAUAAGAUUAUCAUUAAACCAUUGAUAAUUAGUGUGCAACUGUGUAUCUUAUAUAUAUAUGUGUAUAAUUGAUUUAUGUUAUGUUCAGCUCAAUUUGUAUUUUUUGAAUUUAAUAUACAAAUAUUAAUAAAAAGAUUGAAGUUGUAUGCUUAA